UUAUAUUUAGCCCCUGAAUCCCGACCAAACACAAUCUUCCAAACAUCCGCUGUGUAACCUCCUCCACAACGAACGACCACCACAAUAUCAGCACAACAGCCUGAUCUCAUCUCCCUCCAUGAUAUCUCCUCUAUCCCUCCAAAACCCGCGCCUCCCUCAUCUCCCCCACCAGCCAACACUUCUUGCCGCCAUCUAAACCGUCAAAAUGCCCCUCCCCUUCAACCUCCGCCCUCCCAAACUGCCUCACUCCCGCCACAACCGCCAAACCCUCCGCAACCAACCCCUAUCCGAACUCUCCGGCGCCCUCGGCGACCUGGGCACCUUCCUCCCCCUCCUCACCGCCCUCGCCAUCAACAACACCGUCUCCCUCCCAGCAACCCUCCUCUUCUCCGGCCUCUACAACAUCCUUACCGGCCUCUUCUUCGGUAUCCCCCUGCCCGUCCAGCCCAUGAAAGCCAUCGCCGCCGUCGCCAUCGCGAAGCAUUUCACACCGGGCCAGAUCGCCGCCGCCGGCAUCUUCGUCGGCGCCUGCAUCCUCCUCUUCAGCGUCACGGGCUUGCUGACAUGGUUUGCGCGCGUCGUGCCCACCCCCGUCGUCAAGGGGAUCCAGGUGGGCGCGGGCCUGUCGCUAGUCAUAUCUGCGGGUGCGUCUCUGAAGAGCCAGCUGGGCUGGUCGGGGCCGAGCUGGGGGGAUAAUUAUAUCUGGAUGCUUGUGGCGUUUGUGGCGCUGGCGCUGACGGGCAUCUAUCGGCGCGUGCCGUAUGGGCUGGUGGUGUUUGUGGUCGGGCUUGGGUUUGCGUUUGUGCUGCUGGGGACGUCGCCGGAUCAGAGGCUGCCGUCCUUUGGCGUUUGGAGGCCCGGUGUUUUUACCCCUGUCGGGGAUGAGUGGAGGGUGGGUAUCGUUGACGCGGGCAUUGGGCAGAUCCCGCUGACCACGCUCAAUUCUAUCGUGGCCGUUGUGUAUCUGGCUGGUGAUCUGUUACCGGAGGUGCAGACGCCGUCGACUACGGCCAUUGGGCUUAGCGUUGCUGGUAUGAAUCUACUGGGUUGCUGGUUUGGUGCCAUGCCGGUGUGUCAUGGCUCUGGCGGCCUGGCGGCGCAAUAUCGAUUCGGCGCUCGGAGCGGGGCGAGCAUCAUCCUCCUCGGUGCCUUCAAGCUAAUUAUUGGUCUGUUUUUCGGAAACACGCUUGUUGGUCUGCUGCAGCGGUUUCCCAAAUCAUUCCUGGGCGUUAUGGUGAUUGCAGCUGGGCUGGAGCUGGCGAGUGUGGGCGAGAGCUUGAAUACGUCCCGCGCAUGGGAUAUGGUCAAACACCCAGGCUCUGGGAAUGCGUCUGGGUUACGACUGCCUGGGAGCGGUCUGAACGAGGCGGAGAAGAAGCAGAGGUGGACUGUCAUGAUGGUCACGGUGGGCAUGCUGGUUGCGUUUAAGAACGAUGGGAUUGGCUUCCUCGCUGGGAUGGUUUGUCAUUGGACGUACAAGCUUCCGGCAUUGAUUGAGGAGAUCCAGAGGAGAUAUGGAGAGGGGAGGAUUAGACUACCCGGUAGUGGUCGUGGACGUGGGAGUUUUUGAUAUGGAUAUGAUAUGUGGAGGAUAUGGAAGUAGAACGGUUGAACGCCCCCCCCCCCCCCCUCCCUCCCUUGAAUAAUGAUUAACGAUGGAAUGAAGUACGAUUUCUCUUCCGGGAUCGAAGGUAAAUUAUCUUGCGGAUUUAACAUUUCCCCCUCUUAAUGAUGGAAUGAAUGUGCUAUGCAAAUUAACUAUCGUCCGGGUUUACUUUUCUCUUCUAUGAUGACCCCCUAUUUUUGAGGGAACUGGUUUAUUUUCGGUCUACCUUCUCUAUGGUUGGAUUUUAGCAGAUUUUGGAUUUCGGGAUACCAUACCCCUACCCUAGAUUUAGUUCAGGGAAGAGUAAACAGCAUUUUGUCACCAUAUAUAGUAACAGAAUCUACGUCUAUCUAUCUCUAUCUCUAUCUCAUCUCAUCCGUACUUGCUCCC